AUGCCUGGGAAAGAUUAUUAUGGCAUCCUCGGCAUCGGCCGAGAUGCCAACCAGGACGACAUAAAGAAAGCGUAUCGACGAGCUGCCCUGAAGUGGCAUCCAGACAAGAACCAGGAGAGGCGGGCCGAGGCCGAGGAGAAGUUCAAGGACAUCGCUGAGGCCUAUGAUGUCCUCAGCGAUGCAGAGAAGAAGUCCAUCUACGACCAGCAUGGCGAGGAGGGCCUAAAGGGUGGUGUUCCAGGGCCCGAUCCGGCUGGUGGCAUGCCCGGUGGGCCUGGUGGUUUCCACUAUCAGUUUUCUGGGGAUUUGUGCAUCACUCCUAAGCGUGAAGAUGAAACCGAGGAUCCGAACGACAUGUUCGCCAGGUUUUUCAAGGCUUCUUUUUUCAUGCUUAUCUCCAUUUUGGAGCACACGGAGGCAUGUGCUGGCAUGGUCUGGCCGAGAGGCACACCGCCAAGGAAGAGGACUGCGCUCAUCGCCCUCGCGCUGGACCUUCCGCCGUACGUGGACUUAGACAUGUGGAAAAGGGCCCUCAUUGAUGCAGGAGAGGAGGUCCAAACCUCAGGAUGGACGAGGCAAGGUGAUGCAGCUACUUUCUACAUGAAGGUCAAGCCGAACAUGAUUGCCAAGACAUCGUUGCCUCCUCCAGUUAAAUGGAUUCCCCAGGAGGCCGAUGAGGUGAGAGCUUCUUGGGCCUCCAGUUGGACAAAGAGGAACCGCGUGCUGAACAGCGGAGGGAAGAGGCUGCAUGCAUCCUUGGCCACAUUGCUCAUCUUCCUCGCGAUCUAUGGGUGCAUCAAGCGGUUUGACAACCUCAUUCAGACAUGUGCGGCAAGAGUCCGCUAUGCGGUCAAGCCACUCCCAGACGUCAUUGCUGGGGCUCACGCCCUGUGGGGGCCAACAUUGAUUUGGAGGGUGGUCGCCGGGUCGCCUCAGAACCAGCAGUGGGCACGCUGGGUCCACGAUUUCUUUUCGCCGGUGGACAUCUCGGUUCUGAACGAGAAGAUGAAGCAUCACCUGCGUGAGAGCUGGCGAAGGUCUUUGGCAACGUGCAGCUGGGUUCGGCAUGAACUCCGAUGGGAGGACAUCCCCGAGUACGAUUCGGCUCUGAUCUCUCGGGUCGAGGAAGCUAGGGUUGCUGCGGGGGCAUCAUGUCUCAUCGAGCUCGCUUUGUCGCUCAGACUCCUGGCUCAAGACGCUGGGGGCCAUGUGGACAGGAACAUCACAGUUUCAUGGAUGGAUGAGGCUACUCUACUCUACUGGAUGGAGCCAAGCGAACAAGGGGUCCUUUUCCCCACGUUUAGCUGGCGUUUCACGGCAGUGAGCGAUCCUGACAAGAAGGCAAAAGGGGGCUCUGCCAUGCCUCUAUAUACACCAUGGCGUCCGACCUUAAGAAUGUUUUGGCAGGCCGAAUUUCAGCUGCCGACCUACAUCGACGACCCACUCGCGGCGCUGAUCGCUGAGGUGAAGACGGGGACCGAGGAGGAUUUUAUCGAGCGCCCUCCGUUGCAUCCAGUCGCGGGCAAGCACAGGUUCUGCCGAUGUCGCCCAUACACAGUCAAAGGAAUUUACACGUUAUGCAGCAUUGUCGGUAUACGCAGCCGAGAAAUGGAUGCAAAGCCAGCGGCCUGCCAGUCCCACAACAAGCUGGCGUUGGCAUUGUCCUGGCGAACCCAGACGUCCUAUGCCAGCUCUGUCACGCUCAUCCUGGCAUGGGCAAUCCUCAAACAAGGCUUCCUCAAAGCAUUGGCUGUCUUCUUGCCUCUGAGGACCGCUGCAGACCCUGGCGUACUUCCCGCCAGCAUCACUGUGGACCACACCGCGACUGUUCACAUGGGGGCUUCCUUGGCGGCUGUGGGAGCUGAUGGUCCGGACUUCCCCUAUGGCAACGCCGCGGCGGCCUUGCAGGGCACUCCCCAGACAGAGACCCAUCGCUGUGUCGAGACGGACAAUCCCAGAUGGGCGAGAACUUUGGGCCGCUCACAAGCGGUGCACCUCCUCGGCAAGUUCAGUUGCGGCCAGCCGUUUGCAAACACCAUCCACUUCGCGGUCGCGGCAUCGGGAGCAACGCACCGGAAAAUGAAGGUCGCGGAGGGAGGGCUUGAGCUUGUUGCAAGCACCAUGGAUGUCAAGCGAGUGGAUUAUUCGGAGAUUCUGAACAGCACCCGUUGGCAGGUGGACUUCGCGUAUGCCUUCGGGAUCAAAAUACUCCCCUCGCUUUGCCCAGGCAUGGGCGGAAUGGGUGGCAUGGGCGGCAGCAUGCCCGGCAUGCGAGGGGGUAUGAGUCAAGGCAGCCAAGCCGUCAGGCCUGCGGUGUUUGAUCUGCCGUGCUCGCUCGAGGACCUCUACAACGGAGCAACCAAGAAGAUGAAGGUGAAGCGAAUGUCGUCGACAAUUGCUCGCGAUGCUGAGGCCGUGCUCGAAGUUGAGGUGAAACCUGGUUGGAAAGCUGGCACGAAGGUGACCUAUGCCGGCGAAGGGGAUGAGAUUGGAAGCUCGGGCAAGGCGCAGGACGUGGUUUUCGUCAUCCGAGAAAAAAGGCAUGCCACUUUCACAAGAGAGGGCUCCAAUCUCCUUCACCAUCGAAAGAUUCCUUUGGUAGACGCUCUGACUGGCUUCAAGGUUGAUGUGCCCAUGUUAGACAAGAAGGAAAGAAUCCUGCGCGUCAACGUGUCUGACAUGGUCAGCCCCAACUUUGCCAAGGUUGUGAAGGGCGAGGGCAUGCCGUCUAGCAAGGCAGACAACAAGGGCGACCUCAUAAUUACUUUCGACAUCGUCUACCCAUCAUCUCUGACGCCUGAGCAGAAGGAGAAGUUGAAGGCCGCGCUGCCCAGGUCUUAA